AUGGAGCCUGAGGUCUCGGAGACUGAGUUCUGGACUGAACUUCAAACGAUCGUCUCCAAGCCCUGUGACUCCGAAGACCAGAUCGACGACGCCCUCCGAGCUUAUCUUAGUCUAACGACGCAACACAAAGAUGAAUACCUCCGGUCGGAAACCGAUAUCGCUCGCUGUUCCUACAAGCUGUUUACGUCGAGUAUCUUUGCCACACAUGCGGACUACGUGCGACGACAGAUCCUCUACGGUCUGUUGCAGGACGAUGACCCGAAUACCCUCCACUUCAUUGCGUCAUUCAUCCUCUUUGACGGAAGGCAGAAUGAAGUUGUGCUUCAGAUGCUGAAUGACGAGGGCGCGUUUGCGCGUCUCCUCGAGCUUAUACAGGCGAUGCGGAGGGCGGAUUUGGACGGCGACGCGGGUCUCCACCGCUUGUUGAUGGACCUUGUGUACGAGAUGUCGAGGAUACAGAGGGUCAAAAUUGAAGACCUGGUUCUCGUGGAUGACGAUUUCAUUCGCGGUCUCUUCGAUAUCAUCGAAGAUCUCUCAUACGAUGUUACCGAUCCGUAUCAUUACCCCGUGAUUCGGGUGCUGGUGAGUACUCUCUUCGGGCUCAUUUUGGUUGGAAUGGGAUUGACAAAUUCCACAGCUGGUUCUGAACGAGCAGUUCAUGAUCUCGGCCACGAUCCGGUGGAUGGCCGGCCCACUGGUCAAUUGACCAACAAGGUUAUCAAGGUUCUAUCCAUGUAUGGUGGGAUGUAUAAGACAUUCGGGGAGAACAUCAUUCUUCUUAUCAACCGUGAAGCUGAGACGUCCCUCCAGUUGCUCACAUUGAAGCUUCUCUAUCUCAUCUUUACCACCCCCAGCACAUAUGAGUACUUCUUCACCAAUGACCUACACGUUCUGGUCGAUAUAUUGAUCCGGAAUUUGCUUGAUCUACCCGAGGAGGCCUCGGCACUGCGGGCAUACUUACCUGCGUCUCACACACAGCUACGACACCCGCCACACUACAAGCGAGAUGGUCUUCGAAGACUACUCAGCGUUCUUGUUCGGGGCCAAGUCUCAUAUGGGAACGACCCAGAACAUGAGAAAAUCAUGCAUUUCGAAGAGGUCGAUGAAACGACACGUCGACUUGUCGCUCGGUGUUCGACAGUGGAUUGGUUGCGCAAUGCCGAACAGCCCGACGCAGCAGAAGCACAAGACACUCCUACGCAAGUGACAGCAACUACAAUCGAGACUGUCCUGGAUCAAGGCGAACAGCACGCCUCACCCGUAGAUAUCGGCGAACCACUCGACGCCCCUCGCACACUCUCGCGAGCAAGCACAAUCGCUAGCUCACCUGAUACAACAUCACCAACGCGAAUGGACUCGUAUAGUUCGUCCAACGCACCUGGGGGUCGGAAACACAGCUUAGCCCAACGGCUUGGCAUGAACCUGGAGCCCGCAUCCGCAUCUUCACUGAGCGUUCAGGCCGUCGCAGAACAGCACGAAAAACCAGGCAUAAUCACUCCCAGCCGCAAGGACGGAGUCCCUGUCGCCGCUCUCAAUGGCGAGACGCCAAUAAUCAAACCACCAAAGGUCAAACCAGAACCACCGAAAUCUCGCCGCUGGCGCGGGCGCCGUCUGGCUGUGGAUGAAGAAGAGAACCACUCUGCCACAAGCAGCGACGGAAACACUAUCCCCGAAGGUGUCGAAGUCAGCCCCACCACCACUUUCACCACCAACACACCACCGCCCCAGACACAUGCCAGCGAUCGCCGCGGCUCCGGGUCAGGUUCCACUCUUGCGCCCCCAGGUUCACGGCCGCGGCGGGCCGUAUCGAAUCCACCCCCGGCCCUCCCACCACCACGCCGUUCCAACUAUAGCACACCUUCCUCAAGUCACCACCGGCCCAUAGCCGGAGCAGGCCGACAUGGGCAGGCUCCACUUCCGCCGAAAACGCGCCGUUGGGGACGUGGCAAGCCCCAGCAUGGACAGAGUGACUCGGUCGAGAGCGGGGCCAGCAGUGUUAGUCCAUCGAAGGAGCCCGAGACUGCUGAAAAUACCGCCGUGCCUGCUCAACAGGAACAGUCACCAGAGGGCAGUGUUGUUUCAGAUCCGUUCUCGCCAAAAUCCCCAACAAUAUUGGUGUCGCCGUCUGAGACUACUGCAGACAAGGCAGAUGCCCCAGCCAAUGGUGCUGGCAAUGACCAUGUGCCUCUCAGUGUAGAGGAGGCAGUGCAGAAUGUCUCUCUGCACUGA